AUGGAAUUGUAUCAGAUUAUCGAAGUGAAUGAGCCGCAGCAGUAUUUGAUGCUGAAUGCAUGGAUUGUCGAGCGGUGGUACGACAAAUUAUUACGCUGGAAUCCGAGGGAUUUCGGCAACGUCUCCGAGAUAAUGGUGCCGCAUCAUCGUAUCUGGCUGCCAGACACCACGCUUUACAACAGUCUGGUGAUGGAAGACCGUGAUACUCGACGUCUUCUCAAUGCCAAACUGACCACCGGCCCGAAGGGUGCCUACAUUGAGCUCCUAUAUCCGACAAUAUACAAACUGAGUUGCAACCUGGAUUUGAGAUUCUUCCCGUUCGACAUCCAAGUAUGCAAGCUAAUAUUCGGCAGUUGGACAUUCGAUAAUACCUAUAUUGACUAUCAUCCCUAUAAUGCCCAAUUGGCCAUCGGUACUACGAAUUGUAUCGAGAAUGAGGGGUGGUGGGUCAUUGGGACAAGUGUAACCAGAAGGGUGGAAAAAUACGCUUACAAGAUGCCUUCUACUUCGUCGUUCAUACCCUUGAUUGGCUGGUUCUACACGUGUAUGAUAUUGUUAAUAUCAUUAUCCACCCUUCUGUCAUCCGUGAUAAUCUACAUUCAGAAGCAGGGAAUAUUGGGGAAACCGCCAAGGAAUGAAGUGAUGCGAUACGCGAGAGUUGUCGGGAGAUUCGUCCGGAUGGAACUUCCGCUUUUAAUGCGUCAAGCCUACGCACAGAAGGCACGAGAAGAUCGUCUCCGGAAGACGCAACGUGCCCGUAAAGAGACAAUGUGGCAGAAAGUAUACAAACUGUCCAAGGUCUCCUCUCCUCUUACUUUCAAAAAGACGUUACAACCCAAUUCGCACUCGCAGCCGAAACAUCUCAAUAAGCUGGGCGAUGAAGAAAAUGGGGAGCUACCACAAGAAAAACCAAGGAAAGGCAUCAACAUCAGCCAAGAAGUCCUCAAAAUAAACGGUACAAACGGAGUGCCAGAAUAUACUCCAAUGGGGGAUGUUGAUCAGGAUGAUGAUACCGGAUAUAUUGAUGGCAUGGAAGACGUUGACUUACCGCCCUCGAAAUUCCUCCACAAAACGAGCACAUCCCAGUCGAUUGACAGCGCGCUGCGGCUGGGCGUCAAUCUGGAACCGGCGGCCCCACGAACACCACGGAAUUUAGCGGAGUUGGAGUACGACUGGCUGGCGGCCGUAGUUGAACGGGUUUGCAUCUAUCUCACCGGAUCGUACGUC